AUGGCUCCAUCCUUGGUGAAGAAGAUUGGCGCAGCUGUCGCCUGCGCCGGUGCAGUGAGGGCCGCGACAGAAACAUACCAGCUCUCGGAAGAAUACACGGCCGACAAUUUCUUUGACAAGUUCGACUUCUUCGUCAGCACAUACACGAGCGAUGACUCGUGGGACCUGACGCAUGGGUUUGUCGAGUACCUCAGCCAGACCGAUGCUCAGUCCCUGGGCCUGAUCUCGACGACAUCGGACGGGCAGAUGUACAUUGGCCCCGACAUCAACAGCACGUAUGAUGCAGACGGCAAGGGCCGUUCGAGCGUGCGCAUGACGAGCAAGGCCACAUACAACCAGGGCCUCAUGAUCGCCAAGUUCUCGCACAUGCCGGUGCAGGCGUGUGGUGCCUGGCCUGCUUUCUGGUCGUACGGGAGUCCCUGGCUGACUAUGGGCGAGAUUGAUUACUUUGAGGGGUGGGAUCUCAUGGGCUACAACAGAAUGGCCAUGCACACCAACGAGACCCUCGCUGGGAGCUGUCUCCUGUCCGAGUCGGGCAUCUCGGGCACCGUCCUGACCCAGCAGUGCAACAACAACGACACGGGAACGGGCUGCGGUGUGCAGGACGACUCUGGCGUCUGGGGUUCCGUGACGGGCGCCACCUUCGCCAUGGAGUGGACCGACUCGGCCAUCAAGAUCUGGAGCUGGAUCCCUACCUCCGUCCCCGCGGACGUGACGGCCGGCACGCCGGACCCGAGCUCCAGCGCCUGGGGCAACCCGACUCUCCUCGUCGAGCAGGACAACUGUGACCUGAGCAAGUCGUUUGCCAACCAGCAGCUCGUCUUCGACAUUGACUUUUGUGGCGAUACUGCGGGCUCCUCGACCAUCUGGGACGCCACGUGCUCUGCCUUUGGGGACUCUUGUUCUGCCUAUGUUGCUGAAAACCCUCUGGCUUUUGCCGAGACUUAUUUCAUGGUGGAGGGGAUUCAGUUCUACGAGCUG